AUGACAAAGAGUGAAGACGCAGUGAAGCAGCAGAUCCUGAUUUGCUAUUACGAACUUAGGAAAGAAAAGAUUCUUUAUGGCAGAGUGUGCUAUAGUGCGCUGGCCAACCACCGCGGCUGGUCCAGAGACAUAAUUGUGUCAGGGUCGUACAUGCAGUGGUCACGGCUGUACGAGCGAUGGUCACGGCUGUACAGGCGAUGGUCACGGGCUGUACAUGCGAGUGGUCACGAGGCUGUACAACCAACUUCACGUGUUCACAGCAAAGCAAAGCAAAGCUACUCUGUUGUAGGUUGGAUCUUCGCCGCGGCCAUUAACUUUGGUGUGACCUUGGUUGGUACGUUUGUUUUUGGUAUAUUGUCGGAGGAACACCCCGGGUAUGGUUACGUGUCUUCUCGUCAUGUUUUGCCAAGGAAUCGAGUCGCGGGAUUGAAGACAAGUACUUUUCAUCUGGAUAAUGCAAAAUUCUGA